CGCAUCCUGCAGUACUUCCGCAAUUAAACGAGCUGUAGUUUUUGUGGAAUAGUGUGCCCCAGUAGCCUAAUGGACGGUAAUACUGUAAAAGCGAUAUUGUUCGACUUGGACAACACGCUGAUUGAAACAAGUCGUGCAGGCGGACAGGCGAUACAGAAGACCAGUGAUCUUUUGAAGACCACGCUGGCUCUUGAUGACAACACUAUCAUCAGCAUCUGUAACAAGUUCAAGCAGAAGCUUCUGCAUGAAAGCUUUGACCCCGCUGCAGGAAGGUCCAUUGAUGAGGUCCGUGUGGGUCACUGGGAGGAGAGCAUCAAGGAAACUGUGGGCAGCUGUUCCACACCUUCUCUGGCAGCUCAGUGCUACUAUAUGUGGAAAAACAGUCGCCUGGAGGUUCUCAGUCUGUCCCCUGAAAUACGCGACCUCCUGAAACAACUCCGGGGGAGAUACAAGCUGCUGCUGCUGACCAACGGGGAAACUCAGACCCAGAGGGAGAAGGUGGAGGCAGUCGGCUGUGAGGAGUUCUUCGAUGCCAUCGUGGUGGGGGGAGAGCAUGCAGAGCAGAAACCAUUCCCCUCCAUCUUCAGACUGUGUUUCAACAUGCUGGGGGUGGAGGCCCAGGACUGUGUUAUGGUUGGAGACUCUCUGGACACAGAUAUUCAGGGAGGGUUCAAUGCUGAAGUACGAGCUACAGUGUGGAUCAACAGUGCAGAACGUGCUGUGCCAGAUGGUUCAGUGAAACCAGACUACACUAUCCCUACUGUACUGCAGCUGUCAGAUGUUCUGGCAAAACUGAAAUAAGGACAACUGGUGAAUGAGGAGG